CAGACAGAACCUCUAGUCAAGAAUAGCCUCGUUAUGUACUGUCUUAGCUAAGUAUAUCCAGGUUUCCAGGUGCUCCAACCAGGGAUCCUGGUUAUCUCCGUCAUUAAUCCCCCACUCGGCGCGCAAUGCCGAAGAUCUCCCCAAUCAAGCAGCUGCCCGACGCCCACGAUGACGGAAUCUGGGCGGCCGCGUGGGCGCCGCCGACGGACUCCCGGCCGCAGGCGGUGCUGCUGACGGGAUCCGUCGACGAGACGGUGCGCGUGUGGUCCGGCGACGAUCUGACGGGCGUGCGAACGAACAGCGGCCACACGCUGGGUGUGGUGGCGCUAGCCGCCUGUCCAUCCAGCUCCAGAGCGGCGUCCUCCUCGCUGGACUGCUUUGUGCGGGUCUUUGACGUCGAUUCCAACGCCACCAUCGUCACCCUGGAAGCACCCCCGGCUGAGACAUGGCAGCUGGCCUUCCACCCCCAG